AAGACUCAACUACAUACCUGGAGGGAAAGAAUGAAGUGGUAGCCAAAAGACUUAAUUACAUAUCUGGAAGAAUAAGUGCAAAACAAAAAAGAAUGAGAAAACAAAAGCCACAAACUCUAGCAAUGAAUUUAUAUCAUUUCUAUCGAAGAAGACUCAACUACAUAUCUGGAGAGAAAGAACAAAGUGGUAGUCAAGUGCAAACCAAAAAAGAACAAGAAAACAAAGCUAUGAACUCUAGCAGCAAAUUUAUAUAUACCUGGAAGAAUAAGUGCAAACCAAAGAAGAACAAGAAAACAAAAGCCACAAACUCCAGUAACAAAUUUAUAUCAAUUCUAUCGAAGAAGACACCUGGAGAGAAAGAAUGA